AUGAGUUUGCCACCCUUUGCAUUACACCCUUCAAGUUCAACCUUUCCCAACACAACAACAACCACAACCUUAAUCCCUUCACCUACACUCUUUGACCACCGCACUUCCACAAAACACCUUCAUCAAAUCCUUCCUCUCAUCAUCAAAAACGGUUUCUACAAUCAACACUUGUUUCACUCAAAACUCAUAAACCUGUUCUUCAAAUAUGGCACCAUCAAAGAAGCAUCUAGUGUAUUUGAGAGUGUUGAACACAAACAAGAUGCUCUUUACCAUACUAUGCUUAAAGGGUAUGCAAAAAACUCAACUUUAUGUGAUUCUUUCAAGUUUUACAAUAGGAUGCAAAAGGAUGAGGUUAAGCCUGUUGUGUAUGAUUUUGCUUAUUUGUUGCAACUGUGUGGGAAAAAAUUGGAACUUGAAAGGGGUAGAGAGGUUCAUGGGCAGGUAAUAGUUAAUGGGUUUGAGUAUAAUUUGUUUUCAAUGAUUGGUGUUAUGGAUUUUUAUGUGAAAUGUGGGGAGAUCGAUGAUGCGUAUAAAGUGUUUGAGAGAAUGUCGGAGAAGGAUUUGGUUGCUUGGACUAGUUUGGUGGCGGGAUUUGCGCAAACUGGUUUUCCUAGGAGAGCUUUGGAUUUGUUUUUUCAGAUGCAGGAAGCUGGUGAAAAGGCUGAUUCCGUUACGUUGGUGAGUGUUUUGCCUGCUGUUGCGGAUAUUAAGGAUUUGAGAAUUGGAAAGGCUAUUCAUGGUUAUGCUCUUAGAUUAGGAUAUGAGUCUAAGGUUAGUUUUAUGAAUGCGCUUUUGUAUAUGUACUUUGAAUGCGGAUGUGAAAGGAUUGCGAGAUUGGUUUUUGAGGGGAUGAGUAGCAAGUGUAUUGUUUCGUGGAAUACGAUGAUUGAUGGUUAUGCUCAAAUUGGAAAGUCGGAAGAAGCUUUUGCUACUUUUUUGAAAAUGUUGGAUGAAGGAGUUGAACCUACACGAGUUGCAGUGAUGGCGGCUUUGCAUGCUUGUGCUGAUUUAGGCAAUCUUGAACGAGGGAAAUUUGUUCAUAAUUUAGUAAUUCAGAUGAAACUUGAUUUUGAAGUGUCUGUUAUGAACUCUUUAAUAUCCAUGUAUUCGAAGUGUAAGAGAGUUGAUGCCGCUUCCUCAAUCUUUGAUAAUUUGAAGAAGAAAACAAACGUCACGUGGAAUGCCAUGAUAUUGGGUUAUGCACAAAACGGGUAUGUGAACGAGGCUAUAAGUCUGUUCUGUAUGAUGCAAUCGCAAGACAUUAAACUUGACUGCUUUACUUUAGUGGCUGUAAUUACUGCUCUAGCAGAUUUAUCAGUUAACCGCAAGGCGAAGGGGAUUCAUGGACUUGCCGUAAGAACUUUUAUGGACAACGACGUCUUUGUUGCUACUGCUCUUGUUGACAUGUAUGCAAAAUGCGGAGCCAUUCAAACUGCGAGAAAGCUUUUUGACAUGAUGCAAGAGCGACAUGUGAUAACAUGGAAUGCAAUGAUAGAUGGAUACGGGACACACGGCCUGGGAAAAGAAGCUCUUGAUCUCUUCAAUGAUCUGAAGAAAGAAGCUGUUUUGCCAAAUGACACGACUUUUCUGUCUGUUAUCUCGGCUUGUAGUCACUCGGGUUUUCUGGAAGAGGGCCUCUGUUUCUUCCAAAGCAUGAAGGAAGAUUAUGGCUUGAAGCCUGCAAUGGAUCACUAUAGUGCCGUUGUCGAUCUCCUUGGUCGUUCUGGCAAGCUAGAUGAUGCUUGGAAUUUCAUCCAAGAGAUGCCUAUUAAACCGGGGAUUACCGUUUUAGGUGCACUGUUAGGUGCUUGCAAAAUUCAUAAAAAUGUCAAAUUGGGCGAAAAAGCUGCAGACAAACUAUUUGAGUUAGAUCCAGAUGAGGGUGGCUAUCACGUCCUGCUUGCGAACAUGUAUGCAUCUGCAUCAAUGUGGGACAAAGUGGCCAAGGUGAGAACAGCCAUGGAGAAAAAGGGGCUGCAAAAAACUCCAGGCUGCAGUUUGGUUGAAUUGAGAAACGAAGUUCACGCAUUCUACUCAGGAAGCACGAAUCAUCCUCAAUCGAGAAGAAUCUAUGCUUUUCUCGAGAAUCUUGGAGAUAAGAUAAGGGAUGCUGGUUAUGUGCCUGAUACCGACUCUAUUCAUGACGUGGAGGAAGAUGUGAAGGAACAACUGCUCAAUAGCCAUAGUGAGAGGCUUGCCAUUGCGUUCGGACUUUUGAAUACAAGCCAUAGUACACCAAUACAUGUAAGGAAGAAUCUAAGAGUUUGUGGUGAUUGCCAUGAGGCUACUAAGUACAUGUCACUUGUGACAGGAAGGGAAAUUAUAGUGCGUGAUUUACGUAGGUUCCAUCAUUUUAAGAAUGGAAUCUGUUCCUGUGGCAAUUAUUGGUGA